UUCCAUAAUUUUCGCAAAUAAUUUUCAAGUUUUAUCUAUUCCAUUCAAGGAUACACCCUCAAAUUUCCUGUUGAAUUAAAAUCACGCACUUGCCAGCCUGCGAGCUUGAUUCACGCAACCACCCUCUUACAAAUAUCACUUUUGCAAAGUACAUUACAAAUACACAGCAGGUGUAAAAGGGUUAAAAUGAAAUUGUCUAAAAUGGUGUCCAGUGUAGUCCAGCACUCACUGCAAAAUGGCAGUCUCUUGUCUCAUUUCCUGUCUAUGCAGGAAGUGAAGCCUUACAGAAAUAAAACUAUUAACAUCAAGAUAUGUCCUGCCAUUUGUAACAACUGAUAAGUCGUUCCACUACUGUACUUUUAGGUUAGCACUAACUUGAGGUUUUAAUUAAUCUGUAAAACAGAUAGUUUUUAUUUAAAAUAAAAAGGGGUGGGUCUUUCGUGCAUCACCUGAGCCCUGUGUAAAUGGAGAGAACGUCAAUCAAAGGCUAAGCUCUCAGAGCUGGGAAGGAGCGUUAGAUGGCGGAUGAACCUUGGGAAGGGGAGAGCGUUGAGCCUCGUAGGGCUCUCGAUAGCACUUGUAUCUCAACUUUGGUGAACUUUGAGUGCCUCUAGGGGCACCGCAAUCGCUCGAAUUCCUUCGUUUUAGUACGUUUUGGACCUUAAAGACGUUAAGGCGUACGUUUUGUGACUUUGUUUCGUCGAAAAACGCUGUGGUGUGUGCGUAGAGUGGCCAGUCGUUGUUUUCCCUGCCUUGCACUGGCAGCCAUGGCGGUCCUCCAUUUUUAGUGCGCUCUGCUGGGCUCUUCUCAUACUCUCUCUCUCCCUCUCUCUCUCUCUCUCCAUUCAAAUAGCCAUCGGUGGAUUACUGCUAUUAUUUUUCUUUUCGAAUAUCUUUCCGAUUAUUUUAAUCUCAAUCCUGGACUCUUUUUGAUUUUUUUUUUUUUAUUGUUAUGGCCGAAGUAACAAAUCGGAUAUUUUGUCAGAUGUGAAUGUACUACUACAAUCCUCCUCCUGUCAAUGCAAUAGCUUUAAACUUUUGACAGUUAAUACCUGGACAAAAGAUCAUCAUUAACAAAUCCCAAGACAAAAUCAUGAUGAAGAGUAAGAGUAAAAAGCAGGAUGAAGGCUCAACUCAAAGCAAUGCUUCCAGCAAUUCAGCAUCAGAGGAAUCUAACCGCUCUGGAUCAGAGUCUGGGAGUCAGUCGGAGAGCGAGCAGGGAAGCGAUAGAGCUCGUUCCCGGCGUUCCGAGUCCAACAGCACCUCCGAUUCCGAGAGCCACUUUGAGUCAGGGAGUGAAUCCACUGGGUCCAAAUCCCGCCAGAACUCAACACAGGUCAAAGACAAACCAGUCAGGAAAAAAGACAACCUGGCCGACGUGAAGAAGAUGUGGGAGGAACAUCCAGAUAUUUACGGUGUUAGAAGAUCCAGUCGCAGCAGACAAGAGCCUGCGCGCCUCAACAUUGGAGCUGAGGGCAGCAGUGAUUCAGAGGGGGAAAGUCCCAAAAGAAAAAGCCCACGGCAGAAAAAGAAAGAAAAUACCUGGAAAGAUGAUGACUCAAAUGACGAAGAGGAUGUUGAGGAAGAGGCCAGCAGUUCAGAGAGUGAGCAGGAAGAGAAAAAAGUUAGAUCCAGACGACUCCCUGCUAGAAGACCACAGACCAAGUCAUCUUCUGGCAAGCAACAGUCGCAAAAGGGACGGAAACAGAGGAAGCAGGAAUCCUCAGAGGAGGAUGAUGAUGAUGACGACGAUGAUGACGAUGACGAUGAUGAUGAAGAGGAUACCCCAAAAAGACAAACAAGGCGGCGAGCAGCAACUAAAGUCAGUUACAAGGAGGACCAGAAUGAUUUCGAGACGGACUCUGAUGACCUUAUCGAAAUGGAUGGAGCCGAGGAGCAACAGGAUGACGACAGUGAGACGAUCGAGAAGGUCCUUGAAACCAGGAUUGGCAAGAAAGGAGCCACUGGAGCUUGCACAACCCUCUAUGCCAUUGAGGAAAAUGGGAACCCUGGAGCAGACUUUGACCCUGAGAAAGAGGAAGGGGAAACUCAGUUCCUCAUCAAGUGGAAAGGCUGGUCCUACAUCCACAACACCUGGGAGAGCGUGGACUCCCUCACUCAGCAGAAAGUCAAAGGGAUCAAGAAGCUGGAAAACUUCAAGAAGAAAAACGAUGAGCUUAACGCUUGGUUGAACAAAGCAUCACUGGAAGAUUUAGAAUAUUACAAUUGCCAGCAAGAGCUAACCAAUGACCUGAGCAAGCAAUUCCAGAUAUUAGAGAGAGUGAUCGCAACAAGAACAGGGAAAUCACAAGCUCAUUCAGAUUUACCUUCCCAUAAAACCUCUUCCACUGAGCCAGAGUAUCUGUGUAAGUGGAUGGGGCUGCCGUAUGCAGAGUGCACAUGGGAGGAUGGCGGAUUAAUCAAAAAGAAAUUCGAAGCCUGCGUUGAUAGUUUCCUACACAGAAAUGCUUGCAAGACAAUCCCUUCCAAAGACUGCAAGGUGUUGAAACAGAGGCCAAGAUUUCAGCCCUUGAAGAAGCAGCCUUCUUAUAUUGGAAAUGAGACCCUUGAACUCAGAGAUUACCAGUUAGAUGGAGUGAACUGGCUCGCCCACUCCUGGUGCAGGUGUAACAGUGUUAUCUUGGCUGAUGAAAUGGGCCUGGGAAAGACCAUUCAGACUAUCUCCUUCCUGUCCUACCUAUUUCAUCAGCACCAGCUUUAUGGUCCCUUCAUCGUGGUGGUUCCUCUGUCAACCCUUACCUCCUGGCAGAGGGAAUUUGAGACUUGGGCUCCAGAUAUGAACGUAGUGGUGUACCUAGGAGACGUUACAAGUAGAAAGACGAUCCGGGACUACGAAUGGAUCCACCAGCAGACAAAAAGGAUCAAGUUCAAUGCACUUUUGACCACAUAUGAAAUUCUACUGAAGGACAAGGGAGUGCUGGGGAAUAUAAACUGGGCUUUCCUUGGAGUUGAUGAAGCUCACCGGCUUAAGAAUGACGACUCGCUGCUAUAUAAAACUCUGAUCGACUUUCGGUCCAAUCACAGGCUGCUCAUCACUGGGACCCCACUUCAGAACUCACUCAAAGAGCUGUGGUCCCUUCUGCACUUUCUUAUGCCUGACAAGUUUGAGUCCUGGGAGGAUUUUGAGGAUGAGCAUGGUAAAGGCAGGGAUAAUGGUUAUCAGAGCCUACAUAAAGUUCUGGAACCUUUCCUACUGCGUCGUGUCAAGAAAGACGUGGAGAAAUCCUUGCCUGCUAAAGUGGAGCAAAUCCUCAGAGUCGACAUGUCUGCCCAGCAAAAACAGUACUACAAAUGGAUACUAACAAGAAACUUCAAAGCCUUGUCCAAAGGCACCAGAGGCAGCUCUUCUGGCUUUCUUAACAUCGUCAUGGAGCUGAAGAAGUGUUGUAAUCAUGGUUUCCUCAUCAAACAACCAGAGGAUGGUGAGAAUGAUAAAGUAGAAGAGCACCUACAGUCCUUGGUGCGUGGCAGCGGGAAACUGGUUCUCCUGGACAAGCUUCUCACACGACUGAGGGAGAGAGGCAACCGCGUGCUCAUCUUCUCUCAGAUGGUCCGCAUGUUGGACAUCCUUGCUGAUUACCUGGCUAUGAAACGAUAUCCGUUCCAGCGUUUGGACGGCUCCAUCAAGGGAGAAAUCCGAAAACAAGCACUGGACCACUUUAAUGCAGAAGGCUCUGAGGACUUUUGUUUCCUGCUGUCCACCCGAGCUGGAGGGCUUGGGAUUAACCUGGCCUCUGCCGACACAGUGGUUAUCUUUGACUCGGACUGGAACCCACAGAAUGAUCUUCAAGCCCAGGCCAGAGCCCACAGGAUUGGCCAGAAAAAGCAAGUAAAUAUCUAUCGUCUGGUCACAAAAGGCACUGUGGAGGAAGACAUUAUUGAAAGAGCGAAAAAGAAGAUGGUUCUAGACCAUCUUGUCAUUCAGAGAAUGGACACAACUGGGCGAACCGUACUGGAUAACAACUCUGCAAAUUCAAAUUCAAACCCCUUCAAUAAAGAAGAACUGACAGCAAUCUUGAAGUUUGGAGCAGAGGAUCUGUUCAAGGAACCUGAGGGAGAGGAAUCAGAACCACAGGAAAUGGACAUUGAUGAGAUCCUGCGGCUUGCUGAAACCAGAGAGAGUGAUCAGGGAUCUAGUGCCACCGAUGAGCUUCUGUCACAGUUUAAGGUGGCUAACUUUACCAUGGAUGAAAGCGCACCAGAUCUCGAGGAGAGGGCUGUGCGUGACUGGGAUGAUAUAAUUCCAGAGGAUCAGCGGAAAAAGGUGGAGGAAGAACAGAAGCAGAAGGAGAUGGAAGACAUCUACAUGCUGCCCAGAAGCAGAAGCUCCAACAAGAGGGCGCAGGCUAAUGACAGCGACAGUGACGUGGGAUCUAAACUGAAGCACAGGUCCUCGGGUUCAGAUAGUGAAACGGAUGACAGCGAGGAUGACAAACGACCAAAGCGGAGAGGCAGGCCGAGAGCUCGCAAAAACAACGUGGAGGGAUUUACUGACGCAGAGAUCCGCAGGUUCAUUAAGGCAUACAAGAAGUUUGGAGCUCCGCUUGAGAGGUUGGAGGCGAUUGCCCGUGACUCUGAGCUGGUGGAUAAGUCCAUCGCAGACCUGAAGCGACUGGGGGAACUGGUACACAACAGCUGUGUGACUGCAGUGCAGGAGCAUGAGGAGCACUUGAAAGAAAACCCUGUGGAAGCUAAAGGGCCGGGAAAAAGACGAGGCAUUAACAUAAAGAUCUCUGGGGUUCAGGUCAAUGCGAAGUCCAUUAUCCAGCACGAAGAGGAGUUUGAACCGCUGCAUAAAUCUGUGCCUCCAAAUCCUGCUGAAAGGAACAAAUUUCAGCUGACCUGUCGGGUCAAGACUCCACACUUUGACGUAGACUGGGAUAUUCAUGAUGACACACAGCUGUUAUUGGGUAUCUAUGAGCAUGGCUACGGCAACUGGGACCUGAUCAAGACCGACCCUGAUCUCAAACUUUCUGAGAAGAUUCUCCUAGAUGACCCUGAUAAGAAGCCUCAGGGAAAGCAGUUGCAGAUGAGAGCAGACUACUUGCUUAAGAUGCUGAAGAAGGAGCAAGAAAGCCAAGAUGCUGUUAAAGCAGGAGAUGAGAUCAAAACCAAAAAGAGGAAACCUCGAAAGAAGAACAAGGCCCCUAACAAUGAUCUGGUCAAUGAAAACGCCUCUCCUCGUCUCUCCGACAACCCAUCAGAAGAGGGAGAGGUGAAGGAUGAUGGAGCUGAAAAAUCACCCACAAAGAAGAAACAGAAAAAGGAUAACAAAGAAAACAAAGAAAAAACAGGAACUACUAAAAAAGAAAAGGAGGCAGACAAAGACAAAAAGCGCUCCAAGUCCAAAAAAGAGAAGGCCAAACCAGGAGGAAAAGGAAAGAAAGCUCAGGGCCCCGUGCACAUUACUGCAGGAAGUGAUCCUGUACCAAUUGGAGAGGAAGAUGAUGAGCUGGACCAGGAAACAUUUAGCAUUUGCAAAGAGAGAAUGAGGCCGGUAAAGAAGGCUCUGAAGCAGUUGGAUAAGCCAGACGAGGGGCUGUCGGUACAGGAACAGUUACAGCACACUCGUACCUGCCUAUUGAAGAUAGGAGACCGCAUCACAGAGUGCCUUAAAACGUACAAUGACCCUGAGCACGUCAAGAUCUGGCGCAGAAACCUCUGGAUUUUUGUGUCCAAAUUUACUGAGUUUGGUGCCCGGAAACUGCACAAGCUGUAUAAGAUGGCUCAGAAGAAGCGCUCACAGGAGGAAGAGAAAGAGCAAAAGAAGAAGGAUGAUCCUUCCAGGAAAAAACCCUUCAGACCUGAACCGUCUGGAUCUAGUCGAGACUCUACAGGUGCCCAGCCCACAACAAAACCCCAUCCUCAGCCUGGACCUCUCCCUCACUCCCACCACAGAGAUCAAUACAACCAUCCCAAUAAAAGGCACUUUCCUAAUGAUGAUAGGGGAGAUUGGCAAAGAGACCGUAAAUACAACUACCCAGGGAACAGCAGUCAGCCCUGGCAAGGGGAUCGGCAUCACCCAUAUGAGAGUCACAGAUACAAGGACCACCACUAUGGCGACCGUCGCCCUCAUGGUGACUACCGCAGCUCAGGAGGUUACCGUAACAGCAGUUCCCCUCGCAAACGAGCCUACGACCAGUAUGGCAACGAUAGAGAUCAUCGCGGCCAUCGAGACUAUUAUGACAGACAUCCUGACCCUAAAAGGAGGCGUUCGGAUGAGUACCGCUCCCCGAACUACCACCAAGGGGGAGGAGGGCAUCCACAGGACUUCAGAAGGAUGCCUGACCACAGAAGCCCCCCUGGAAACCAUGGCCCCAUGGGGCCUGAUCACUACCGCCCCUUCCACCCAGACAAACCCCCACCCCUGAUUGACCCCCGUUCCCCUCAGUCUCAGAAAUCCCCCCUUGAGCCGAUCUCGCCUGCUUUGGAAAGAACUGCAGAGCAGAAACCUGUGACGGACUUUAAUUGGAACAACAGGAAGACGUGAAGUGAAUAUGUAGUGCAGAGAUGGUCUGUACUGCCAAAGGAAGUGGCAGAAAGGCAAUAAGUGGAGGAGACGUAACCAGCCACCACCAAACUCCUCUUAAUCGCCACUGUGUCCUCCGCUCUCUUCUAGGUUUCAUGACGAGGUUAAGUCUGGCAUUUUGGACUGAGGAGAAAGAACAAGGCAUGGUUAGUCCUGUGGACUAUGCUGUUGAAGCACGCCUGAGUUAGAAAGUGCCUCAUGUAUUUGGUCUUUGUUGAGAGUCAUUAGGAGAAAGGGACUAUCUGCAAAGCGAACUUUACUUUGAUGUUCAUGUCUUUUUGUUCUUUUGGUUUGUGCAAAAAAGGAUUAUUUCAUGAAAGUAGCCUUUGCGGGAGGAAUCAUUUUAAUUGCACCUUCAAUGUUCUGUUGAGCUAUUCGGUUGGGUUUUGCUCUCUACAAUGCAGACCCCUGUGAAUGUACGUCAUUUUUAGGGGGAAUUACAUGUAGGCCUACGUUUUUUUUGUCUUUUGAUAUAUCUUAUUAUCAUAUAGGAGUAUUUGUGAUGAGCAACAACUGCAGAAAUUAUUCAAAUAGUUUUUCUCCAAAUUAUUGAAUCAGCUAAAUGUGUUUUCGCUAUCGCAGACCCGCCUUUUGUUAAUAUUGUAAUGCAUAGAUGCUCUGUUGGAGGAUAGUAGCCUUGUUUAAAAAAAAAAAAAAAAAGAAGGAAAUCAGGCUGAACAGUAUUCAGGGUCUAUGUAGACCUUGUCAGAACACUAGAUAAUCAUAACACGUAAGCUAUCUUUGUCUUUAUUUUCUUACGACUGUAACACUUGGCGCCACUCAAGUCCACUUAAUGGUCAGUGCUUGUACUGUUGCAACUUUUUAUUGCACUAAAAGAACAGUACUUGCUUGUUUUUGACUAUGUAGUGAUGGUAGACAAUUACCUGAAUUUGAUUUUCAUGUUUUGUUGAGUUUUCUCCGUAUGAGUGUGCUGAAACACUGAUACCGUUGACCUUUAAGUGGAAAUGUGAGUACUGUAUGAGUGGGCGGGUGUCGAAAGCUAUUUUUGGUGAACCAGAUUUUGUGCCAAAACUGACAAGACUGGCAUGCUGGUAAAUACCAUUCAUUGUUUAUUUGAUGUGUUUCUCCAUCUGUGCCUUAUUCUUGUGUAGAUUCAAACACCGGAUUGAUAUGAGGAAGACUAGCAGUAUUAUGCUAUGUACAAUUUCAAAACAUUUGCCAGGAUGGAUUUUUAACUAGGUGCAUGUUAAGCCAGCUCUGGUGAGUGGGGAACAAAGCUCAAUUCCAAAAGAUGAUGGUAGCAGUACUAGGAGAACAAGCUGGUGAAAUGUGGACAGGUUUGCUAUGAAAUACUUGAGAUGUGUUCAAUCUUUCCCACCCAAGCUCCUGCUCACACUCCACAGACAUGUUAAGCUUUGAAACAAGCCAAUUUAAAGUAAUUUAUAAUUGUGAAAAGCCACUGUUCAGAUUAAUUGUACUGUACAUAUGUUUAUAGACCUAUAUGUAUUAAACUUUCCUACAUCAUGGA